CGUCACCGCGCAAUUGUCUAGUCAACAGCUCAGCUGUUGUGUGCGACCGCGGGAAAAAAAAAAAUACUCCACGUAAUACAUCGGCCGGUUCCAGGAAGGGACUCUGGACUUCCGUGGGGCCAUUGUGGCCGUGUUUCGGAGAACAUAACGGGAAUACAUCAGCUUUCGUUCUUCAGAUAUAAACCGAGACACAUUCGUCUGGAACAGCGGAGGUUUAGAUCUAGGACAGUCUCCCUGGAGAGGAAGGAAAAUGGAGCUAGAUGACGGAGCUGUGUACCAGGACGAUCCGGGCACAUCGGCGAUCAUGUCGGAGAGGGUCUCGGGCCUGGCCAACUCCAUCUACCGCGAGUUCGAGAGGCUCAUCCGCAAAUACGACGAGGACGUGGUGAAGGAGCUGAUGCCGCUGGUCGUGGCGGUGCUGGAGAACCUCGACUCGGUGUUCGCCGAGAACCAGGAGCACGAGGUGGAGCUGGAGCUCCUCAAGGAGGAUAACGAGCAGUUGAUCACUCAGUACGAGCGCGAGAAAGCGCUCAGGAAACACGCCGAGGAGAAGUUCAUUGAAUUUGAAGAUUCCCAAGAGCAAGAGAAGAAGGAUUUGCAGAACCAUCUGGAAAGUCUUUCAUCACAUUCCCGUCAGCUGGAGCUGAAGAUCAAGAACUAUGCUGACCAGAUAAGUCGAUUAGAAGAGCGAGAGGCUGAACUGAAGCGCGAAUAUAAUUCCCUUCACCUGCGGCACACAGAGAUGAUCCACAACUACAUGGAGCAUGUGGAACGGAUCCGGAUGCAGCAGACGGGGGGAGAGACCUCUGACACAGGAACAAUUGACCGAGUUCGGAAAGAGCGGCCCCUGUCUUUGGGAAUCUUCCCCAUGUCCAGCGGUGGCUCUUCACUGACGCCUGACAUCCAGGGCAGAGCCGAGACUCCUGGGAUGGAGGGCUGGAGAUUCAAUAACCUCAGUCAUCAGCGCUCUAACGCCAGCCUCAAGUUGGAGGCAGAGGACACUCCAAAGAAAAGGGAUGGUAAGGAUGUUCUGGAAGCUUGGGACUCGCUGGCAAACGACUGCAAGGAUGAGCUGUCUGACCUCAGCCAGGGAGGCUCAAAGUCUGUCACUCCCAUGUCCACCACGGCCUCAGAUCUGGCCCUGGACUCGCACAGAGAGGAUGGAGAGGGAUUCUGGAAGAACACAGAGGUUCAGGCUGCUCCAGGGACCAGGAGCGUCUCUGCGGGUCUGGCCGAUAAUGAGGAAAAGUCAGAUGUUCAGGCCAUUAUUGAGUCCACACCAGAGCUGGACAUGGACCUCGGAUUUAAAGGUUCAAGCACCCCGACCCGAGGGAUUGAGAACAUGGCGUUCGACCGAAAUACAGAGUCUCUCUUUGAAGAAGUGUCGUCAGCAGGCACUGGUUUGAUUGGAGAUGUGGAUGAAGGAGCAGAUCUGUUGGUGGAGUACUCCGGCAUGGGUCGUGAGGUGGAGAAUCUCAUUCAGGAAAAUGUGCAGUUGCUUGAGACAAAAAAUGCAUUGAACGUGGUGAAGAACGAUCUGAUCGCUCGUGUGGACGAGCUCUCCUGUGAGAAGGAGGUCCUUCAGGGGGAGCUGGAUGCGGUUUUGCAGGCCAAAGCUAAACUAGAGGAGAAAAACAAGGAGCUGGAGGAGGAACUCAAAAAAGUGAAAGCAGAGGCAGAGGUGGCCAAACAGAACAAUAAUAAAGAGGAAGAUGAGAGCGAUGUGCCCACAGCUCAGAGGAGGAGGUUCACGCGGGUGGAGAUGGCCCGAGUCCUGAUGGAGCGAAACCAGUACAAGGAGAGACUGAUGGAGCUGCAGGAGGCCGUCAGGUGGACGGAAAUGAUCCGAGCUUCAAGGGAAAACUCUGAAGUUGCAGAGAAGAAGAGGUCAAGCAUCAGGCAAUUCUUCAGUCGCCUGUUCAGUUCCUCAGCGUCCAGCAACACAGCGAGAGGUUUACCGUCCAACGUCAAGUACAACCCACCCAGCAUCAUGAAAAAGAGCAACACCUUCUCCCAGUUCCCAAGAGAAAAGUCCAAAGCGUUCGACUUCCUCAAAGAAGAGGUGGACUCGAGUGGUUCUCUGUCCCGCCGGGAGCAGAAGCGUGCUCAAUACGAGCAUGUGAAAGCCCACGUGCAGAAGGAGGACGGCAGGGUUACAGCACAUGGCUGGAGUCUCCCUGGAAAAUACAAGGUUGCUAAUGGUGGCCAUGCAGAGAACAAAAUAAACCUUCCUGUUCCUGUUUGUCUCAGGCCACUGGAGCAGAAAGAUGCUUCUAUGAAGCUCCUGUGUGCAGCUGGAGUGAACCUGUCAGGUGGACGCUCAUGUGAGGGAAGCUCUGGCGUUUCUGGAGAAGAGUCUGCGGUGGAGACCGACGCCUCCAAACAGAGGAAAGACUCCCAGAGCAGCCUAGAUCAGCUGGAGCAGGAACCUAAGGAGUGGGAGCAGACAGUGCAUGUGGAGAUGUCCAGUCGCGUUUGGAUCUGUACGAGCACACACUCCUCCACAAAGGUGAUGAUCAUGGAUGUGACGCGGCCCGAUGACCUGCUCGACAGCUUCUACGUCUGUAAUUCAUGUGUGUUGUGCAUCGCCAGCGUACCAGGAGUCUUGGAGACAGACUAUCCUGCAGGGGAGGAGAUUCCUCAGGACCUGGAGGCGGGGCCAGACGCUUUAUUGGCCAGCAGCAGCUCUCAGGGCAGUGAGGGUGCGUUGAGUGACGUGUCAGCGGUGGGCUGCAGUGUUGAAGAGUCCAGCACAGGAUCUCAGACGGGCAGCACAGGGGCCAACGAACAGUCAGCAGAACAGAGUCCAGCCAGAGGAAGUGAUCUCUCCAGAGCUCCCAGUGAAGAUGGGCUCCCUGCAGCAGAGGAGGCUAUGGAGGCCACUGAGGAAGAGCAGGAGAGCCCGGGACAGGACACCAGCCAGCCAGGAAUCUACACGGAGCACGUGUUUACAGACCCACUGGGAGCAGAGUCUUCUGGGCCUUCAACAGGCAACGAUAACCAGAGGGAGUCCAAUCAGGACAGGGACGAUACGGCCUCAGAAGGUGGAAAGACGAAUCUGGCAAAAGAAGAGAUCCAACGGAUGAGCAGCGUGCUGCCCACCAUGUGGCUGGGGGCUCAGAACGGCUGUUUAUACGUGCACUCAUCUGUCGCUCGAUGGAGGAAGUGUCUUCAUGCUGUCAAGCUGAAGGAUUCCAUCUUGAAUAUUGUACAUGUGAAGGGCCGUGUUUUGGUGGCUCUGGCUGACGGUACACUGGCCAUCUUUCACAGAGGUCUUGACAGCCAGUGGGAUUUAACCAACUACCACCUCUUGGACCUCGGCCGGCCGCAUCACUCAAUCCGCUGCAUGACCAUCGUGCAUGAUAAAGUGUGGUGCGGCUACAGAAACAAGAUCUAUGUGAUUCAGCCCAAAGCAAUGAAAAUAGAGAAGUCUUUUGACGCCCACCCGCGUAAGGAGAGUCAGGUGCGUCAGCUGGCCUGGGUGGGUGACGGUAUCUGGGUGUCCAUCCGGCUAGACUCCACCCUCCGCCUCUUCCACGCUCACACCUUCCAGCAUCUCCAGGACGUGGACAUUGAACCUUAUGUCAGCAAAAUGUUAGGAACGGGAAAACUGGGCUUCUCUUUUGUGAGGAUCACGGCUCUGAUGGUUUCCUGUAACCGGCUGUGGGUGGGAACAGGAAAUGGUGUCAUCAUCUCCAUCCCUUUAUCAGCCUCUGUAGGUCAGUGUGGAUAUCUAGGUCAGAGGGCAGCUCAUAAGGCUGUAGGAGCGAUUGCCUGUCGUCCAGGUGGGGCGGUGCGAGUGUACGGCGAUGAUACUGUGGAUGGUGCAAUGACGGGUUCGUAUGUACCCUACUGCUCCAUGGCACACGCUCAGCUCUGCUUCCACGGCCACAGAGACGCAGUUAAAUUCUUCGCUACUGUUCCAGGUCAGGUUAUUGUGCCCGGAGCUGAAGGUACGACUGAGAACUCUGACUCUUCAGCCCCAGACGGCAAGAGCAUGCUCAUCAUGAGCGGAGGAGAGGGAUACAUCGACUUUAGGAUCGGUAAGAGCUUCAGUAAGACAUCUCUCCAGCAGAUGGCAUAUCUGCAUGUUUCAUAAU